AUGGAACAAGAAGCUAUAAGCUCGGUAGUCAGCACAAUAGAUAAACCAUCAUUUAGCCCAGUUUUAGAAAACUCAGCUAAUAUCGGCAAGAUUAAUAAGAAAGAUAGACAUGUUGAUAGAUUCUCGAAUGUUCAUGAUGAGAAUGAACUCCAUCCUGAUAAUGUUGAAUUUAUGAAUCAGCUCGAAGAAUUCAAUCAGAAAAUUCAAGAUCAUGGAACUUUAUUAGAAAACAAUUUAACAGAUAUCGAUGAAAGCAAGGAAAAUACCAUAAUUGAUCCUCUGUUUGAAAUUUUACAAAUUUUAACCUCUUGACAAGAAAAGCUAAAUUGUGAAGCAUGAAGAAUUGGAGCAUUUAUCAAAAGAGUCACUGUCCCUGAAGUUAGGCCUGACAUGGGAGCUAGUGAAGUUCUUCAACAAAUAUUCACCUGCUUUUCUGCUAUAAAGACUCAAUAUGAAGCGAUCUUAAAAUUUGUGAGGAAAUUUUUGAACAACAAAUACUUUGUUUCAUCUUACAUAAACAUGAACAGGCUGAUAAAAUCAGAGAUUGACAUUAAUGAUAGUGUAAAAAUCAUCAACAAAAUUGCUAUCAUUCUAGAGCAAGACGAGGUAAUCUCAAAGGAAAAGUCAGAUGCACCCGUGAUUGAGACAAAUUUCUAAUAUCUUUCAAGCUAAAUUUCUUCCAAA